AUGAAACUCUUGGCUUCUUUUGCGGUCGUUUGCGCCACUCUGGUUACCUCUGCUCUCGCUCAGAGCGUCCGUAUUGGCGCGCCAGCUGAUGGAGCGAAGGUCACAGUAGGGUCAAGCCUUGUCGUUGAGAUCGACCGCCCAGACACUCUUACGCCGUCCACCGAAAUCGCCAUUGUCAUUGGUUUCGAGGCGUGCAACGAUGGACCUUGUCCUUCCCCCGCAGAUCAAAUGGGCACGAUACUCUAUAACGGACCCUACAAACCAGAAUUCCAAGACGAUGGCGUGUUUUUCCCGCACCAGAACUUCACUGUCACCAUCCCGCAAAACGCUGUCAAGGGACCUUCACAGCUGAACGUAGCGCAUUUUGCGCUUGUUGGGGCCGUCCAGUUCCCUCUUCUCCAGACGCGCAAUGUCUCCCUUAUCGUCGCUUGA